AUGGGCAAAUCCUUAACCCGUGUCUUGAUCGGCACGAUCGUAUUUGCGUACGGCUUCUUUACACUUAUUCUUUACGGCCUCAUUGCCAUCGCGAAAGGCACAUACUUCAAACGCCCUACUGAAAAGCAGAAACUGGAUUUACAGCUUGCUCGUGAUCGCCUAUGGAAUUUAUCUAAAGUCUUUGAUGGUCUGUCUCACAACAUUAUAACACUGCAGAGUGGAUUCAAGUUCCACUUUGUCAGUAACGAUAUCCCGAAUACUCCGGAAACCAUCAAUUCUGGUAAACCAUUGGUCAUUUUCAUCCACGGAUUCCCAGAUAGCUGGGCGAUCUGGCGACGCAUUAUCACAAACCCUGGUCUGCAAAAGACUGUUUCACUCGUUGCGAUUGACCUUCCCGGGUAUGGAGGAACGGAUAGCCUGGAAGAAUAUAAUGCAACAAAUGUCUUGGAAAAAUUGACAGAACUGAUUGUCACCCUGCGGAUCCAGUAUGGCGUGGACUCAGGCAAUAAAUGCAACAAGAAGAAAACCAUAAUCGUCGCCCAUGACUGGGGCUGUGUCUUGUCCAUGCGCCUCGCUGCUGAAGCUCCAUCCCUGGCCCACCGGUUCAUCCUGUCUAACGGACCAUCAAUGAAAUUGGUUGAAUCCAAUAUCCGCCGUCUGCUCUUUUCGGCAAAUAAGAUGCUCGGUAACGCCUGGCGUUCACCACUGCAUGCCCGCGUCCCGCUGCUGAAAGCACUCAGAACCAUCGCCCCUCUCGCCCGCCAGCUUUUUCUUUCCGGCUACAUCUUUGGUAUGCAGCUACCCUCGCCAAUGGUCUACUACCUCCUGACCGGAGGCAACUGGGCGCUGUUGAAAAGUUGUCACCUCACCUCGUACAACAAGGAUGAGCAUACCAACCUUGACAUAGCCGAAAGCAUGGCUAGCACCAUGGGUCCGUCCGCCGCAGAGUCUGAUACUAAAACUCCUAGCGGUAAUGCCUAUCCCGCCAGCCUCAAUGAGCGCGCCCUUGCACAUGUUUUGCAUAUGGCAGGUUACUACCGUGAUCGGGCGGCGACGGCACGCUGGGUCAAGUCCAUUGAAACUGUUGCUAGCUUGCAUGACAUUGCAUCCGAGAAACGUAUGGCGAGCAGUGGAUCUGGAGCUGGGCUGUUUGAUGAAGGUCCCCCGGGCGCUCUUAAAGCUAGCACGACCAUUUUGUGGGGCAAGGAUGAUAUUGCUCUCGAUCCGAGGAUCUGCAUUGAUGGGAUGGGUGACUACUUGGCGCAGGGGUCCCAGAUUGUGCUACUUCCCCGUACUGGACAUUGGACUCCCCUCGAACGUGAGAGUGGUGCAGCUUUGGUCAAGACUAUUGACUGGUCUGCUCGGGGCGAAAAGGAGGAUAUUGAGACGGUCAUUGUCGAAUCCUACCCUGGUGUCCAGCUUCUGUUGAGUGACAAUUAUCUUCCUGGUGCUAUGGUUCUUGCCCAUUCACUACGCGAUAAUGGCACAAAAGUGAGGUUGGUGGCGUUAUUUACGCCAGAUAGACUACAAUCGAGCACCAUCGACGAGCUAAGGACUGUCUACGACGAACUGAUCCCAGUGAGCUCAAUGGUAAACGACACACCAGCGAACCUCUGGCUCAUGGACCGCCCAGACCUAAUUGCCACAUUCACCAAAAUUGAGCUCUGGCGCCUGACGCAAUACCAGCGGGUCGUAUACAUUGAUUGUGAUGUCGUAGCUCUCCGAGCACCCGACGAGCUGUUAUCACUGGAAGCGGACUUUGCUGCCGCGCCAGAUGUUGGUUGGCCGGAUUGCUUUAAUAGUGGAAUGAUGGUUCUCCGACCUAAUCUACAGGACUAUUAUGCGCUAAAGGCACUCGCCCAGCGAGGUAUCAGCUUCGAUGGUGCCGACCAGGGUCUGCUGAACAUGCAUUUCAGGGACUGGCAUAGGCUAAGCUUCACGUAUAAUUGCACGCCAAGUGCCAAUUACCAGUACAUUCCUGCCUACAAGCACUUCCAGAGUACCAUCAGUCUUAUUCAUUUCAUUGGUGCUCAGAAGCCAUGGAAUAUGCCGCGGCAGAUUCUCCCGCUGGAUUCCCCGUACAAUCAGCUUCUAGGCCGGUGGUGGGCUGUCUAUGACAGACAUUAUCGCCCGCUAUUGGUUCCGAGCGCGCUAGUUGAGAUUGAAAAAACGGUGUUGAAUCAAGGCGAACAGGCCCAUGUCCCUAGUUAUAACACAACUCCUCGUUAUGAGAGCACUCCUCGCCAUGACAGCACCCCUCCUUAUGAGAACACUCCUCGUAAUGAGAGCACUCAUUGCGAUAGCACUCCUCACUAUGACAGCACUCCUCAUUAUGAAACACAGCCUACAUCCGAACGGCAGCCCUACCAUGUUGAAGAACCUGCGAGCUUCCACAAGGAAUCACACCAAGCACCGCCAGUCGAGCACGGCCAUUCAGAACCGCACCACGAACACUCUGCUCCCGCUAAUGUACCCCAUGCUGCCGUGCCUGUAUUGAGCAUGGUACCACAGUAUGUUCGCGGAGAGGAACAUGUCUCAACCUUUAUCCCGUCGUUGCCUUCCGCGCCAAUCACUUUUGCGCCUCAAGCGAACCAUGAACCACCUGAAACACAUAUACAAACGCAGGCACAUACACAGAUGCAGAUACAGACGCAGACACAGUUGCCGACACAAAAACAGCCACAGGUACACUAUCCCGAUGGCCAUAUUCACCAGCCACAACCGCUGGCGCCGAUUCCUCCGAUUAUUGAGUACCAAUCGCCCCCAUCUCCGGUCCCAGAUGUUGCAACCUUUGAAGCGCCAAGGUCCGAGUGGGAUCCCUCGCGUGAGCCGCCACCAGUCAACACGAAACCCGAAGGUUUCAGUUUACAGCAGAAAACCUACGAUAUGUCCGAAGACACGCAUCUAUUCCAACCCCCAUCAUCCUAUCCGGAGGCACCAAAAAACAUGUGGUAUGAGCUUCCAGCCAAACCGGAGCCCAAGCAAACCACAGUCUUCCCCUGGGAGAGUCAUGCUCCGAAACCCACCCGCGUCUUCCCCAAAGAGCCACCGUUGGAACAAGUGGAAACUCCCUUUAUACCCGAGGAACCAGAGCAACAUCCAAUCCCAAGCGAGCCAGCCCCUCCCGAACCCUCACCUUCCUACACUCGGGUACCGUUCGAACCCAGUGCCGACUCAUGGCAAACAUACACUCGUUCCAACGCCUGGGAUGAGGAUCCCGAUAUCCAGCGCUACAUUGAGACAAUCCAAGCACGGCGCACAAAAUCACAAGUAACCAGUCCGGGAGCCAACUCCGACAGUCCCUAUAAAUCACCCCCUGCCCCAGGCUCCCGCCCCAGCAUCAAGAUUACCGACUUCCCAACAGAAGUCGAGCGCCCCAGUCUGCCUGUAACGCCGGCUCCGGUCCACCGUGUUAGCUACGGGGAUGAGGCCUCCGGUACGGCCGCCCUCCCUGUUGCCGAGGGCGUGCCUAGCCAGGAGGAAUGGGUGGGUGUCACGGUUGAUGUGUUCUCUUCUCUCCUCAGCGCAACAUACUUAUUGUGGCGGUUUACAGAAUCCCCUGGCUCAGCUCGAGGAGCUGCAUCGUCGGCACUCGGAGGUCUUGGAGCAUCCCGAGCUGCUGUUUAG